AGGGGAAACCGGUCAAUCACUUCACUACGGAAGCUGUUCGGGAUUUUAUAGACAGAAGAGCACAAACAACUGCAUGAGUAUGGAUAAUUGCACACUGAAAGAAGAGGGGGAAACAAAUGCAGUACAGGAAAAAUAGGUAACGUAAAGUGCCCAUGCCCAGAUACCAGUAUUCCCAAUUCGUCUGGCUCCCCAAUACCACAACCAUCUUCCACCAUCCACUACCACAACCAUCUUCCACCAUCCACCCCCACGCCAUGGAUUGAGCCGGGUAUGAUUUAAUAGUGAUAAAUGAAACUAAACUCUCCGGGGGUAGUCUCGUAUCGCCUAUAACACUUUUUCAGUGCGUCCUUCAAUCCCUUGUUAAACGCAGGACCGCAAUAGUAUCGGGCGAACAAUUCCUGAGCCGCCGCGUUCUUAAGAGCAUAAGCAUAGUAAAUGGCUGUCUUGCCGGCACGAUCCUUGAUCAACGCGUUAGGGCUGUGUUUCAUGAUCAUCUCCAACACGCUGGGACUCUUCCCCUCUCGAAUAGCGUAGGUCAAAGGUGUGGCGCCAGACCAGUCCUUAACGUUCAACUUCAAUUUGAAAGACAACACCAGCUCGAGAGUGGCCAAGGAGUCAGUGUCAAUAGCCUUGUGCACAGGAGAGCUACCACUGGGGUCCAAAAAGUCAUCGAGGUGCUGACCGAGACGCCAGAUGGUGUAAAUGACGGUCCAGUUCUUGCUAGCGAUGGCGAUGUCGAAGGGGCUCCAGAGGUACAAGUUACGAAUUCCCAAGUCACCACCGGCCUUCAUCAACUGCGAAAAGACAGCGGGGCCAGCAGAUUUAGCGGCCCGGUGGAGCGCGGUCUCGUGGCGGCAAUCGAGGAAAUUUGGGGACGCGCCGGUCUUCAGGAGGACAGCGACUCCGGCUGGAUCGUCCGCACCCACGGACUCGUGGAGGGGUGCUCCAACAGGCGGGAGCGACACGUUGAGAGUUCUGUAGGAUCUGUGGCCUCCGCCAAAAUCCCAAGCGGGGAAGUUUAGGGUCUGCGCCUUCGGGCAUAAACGUCCGAGCAAGUCAUGGUUCUUGGUGCGGGCGGCAUGACGGAUGCCCUCCUUGACGAGCUCUGGAUGGAAAAAGAUGCGGAAUUCCUUGCUCACGAGGACAAGGU